AUGAAGCUCAAAUGGAUGCUUAUCAACUUUGCUGCACCAGAAUUCGCGGUAGGACAAGCUUGGAGCAAUAGACGUUCAGUGGCUCUGCUCGAGGGCCAGUUUGCAAAGUAUCAAAGGGAAGAUGGUGUUCCAUGGAGUCGCUCUCAUAUCUACUACGCAAAUAUGGGUGGAUUUUCUAUUCACUUUGAUGAGCUGUUGAACAAGCCAUGGCUUUUGCCAGAUGCGGGACCCGGUUAUACAACCAAUUUGCGCAACCCGGAGCAGACUUACAGCGAAUCAUCGGACCCAAGACCACCUCCUUCCACCUCCCAAUCAAACAUCUCUCCAGCACGCCGAAGCCAUUCCUUACCGGAUUAUACAACAGCAAAACAACGAAUAAAGCCUAGCUUGCUGACCAGAAGCCAGACGUGCAAUACGUCCAACCCUGUGUAUAUGGCAUGGGAUGCCGGCUACCCCCCGCAUGGAUUUCAGCCAUUACCGCAGUAUCUGCGACGCAACUUGGAUGCUUUUAUGAGCAGAGGUUAUGCUUCUCCACGAGAAAUCCAUGAUUCAGUGCAACAGAUCUCCAAUGCAAUAGGAGUGAUCAAUUGGACACUAGACCUACAUAAUAUUCAAGCCAUAAAAAAGGCAAUCAGUAUAGUUUGUCCAGACCAUUUCGUUGAAGAAUGGGAGCGCGAGAAAUUCCUUUCAAAUCAUUACGAUUGGUUUCUAAAUAUUCGUAUCCUGUGCGGGAAUCUCUGGGUGCUGGAUGCAAACCAGCUUCUCCUUGCACGCGAGCUUGGGAUAAUUGAAACACUACCUUCGUUGUCUCAAGCUUCCCUGAAUGAUCGCAACAAGGGCGACUUAAUUGUCAAGAUUCUAGCAUUGGUUCAAAUAUCGUGGAUGGUCAUCCAGCUCAUUUUACGCCUGGCUCAAAAUGUUCCCUCGAGCCAACUAGAAAUCUUCACCCUCUCCUUUGCAGUCUGCUCGGUGGUCACAUACAUCCUAUUGAUUGAUAAGCCAAAGGACGUCCAAACAUCAUACACCAUCAAAGCUGCUAAGCGCCCAUCUGCAGAAGACUUGAUCCUUAUUGCCAACGCUGGCCCGAUGAUGUUUUGGGGCUCUCGUCUCAGCAUAUGUAUUCCCAAUACCGCCUUGAGCCGAGAUUCGCACAGGUCAGAUGGGUUAUUCACGAUGUACCUAGGAUCCUCGCUUGCAAUGAUUGUAUUUGGCGCCAUCCAUUGCCUUGCAUGGGAUUUCAAAUUUCCUACAGAGGCAGAGAAACUAUGUUGGCAUAUUAGUGCGGUUAUAACGGCUGGUGCUUUGCCACUAUUAUGGGCUCUCAGUCAUGCGAGGGUAAAAGUUCGCAAGUCGAUUCGGAUAUCUGAUAAUCCAAGGCAUCCAAACCUGAAGAUUCUAGGAUUUGUUGUGAUAGUCUCGUGGUCGAUUUCAUUAGUGUUUGUGUUUUCGAGGCUGUUUAUAACGGUCGAGGCUUUUCGCUCAUUGGCCUUUCUUCCACCAGGCGCGUUUUUAGGUACCCCGUUAGCAGGUAUACCGUACGUCGGUUAA